AUGAAGCUCUCUGUAGCGCUAUCUCUCAUGGCCGCGGCCGGUGUCCUUGCACAAGACGGCUGCGGAUUCCCAGACGGGCCCGACUGUGUCUCUCUUGGUGAGGGGGCCAAUGGACUGGAGCAGUUCGUAGACGACGACUGUUGCUUACUUCCCCUCCGCUGUGGAAACGGAGAUGGUGGAGAGAGGUGCGAGCGCGUAAGCGCUGCCAGUGCCGGUAAUGGAAAUGCCAACGGAGGCAAUGCCAACACGGGGAAUACCAAGAACACGAACAAUGGAAACGCCAACGCAGGCAACACCGGGAACGCUGGCAAUGCUGGCAAUGCUGGCAACGCCGGAAACACUGGCAACACUGGAAACACUGGAAACACUGGGAAUACUGGAAAUACUGGGAAUACUGGGAAUACUGGGAAUACUGGGAAUACUGGGAAUACUGGGAAUACUGGGAAUACUGGUAACACCAAUACCGGGAACGCCAACACUGGUAACCGCAAUACGGGCAACGCCAAUAACGGCAAUGCUAACAGCAAUAACAACGCUGCGGAUGACGAUGAAUGUGUCUCCCUAGGCGAAGGGGCGAAUGGACUAGAGCAGUUCGCGGACGUGGAGGGCUGCCUUCUACCUCUCCGCUGUGGCAAUGGAGAUGGUGGUAAUACGUGCGAGCGGGUAGAUGCCAACGCCGGUAACGCCAAUGCCGGUAACGCCAACGCCGGUAAUGCCAAUGCCGGUAAUGCCAACACCGGUAACGCCAAUGCCGGUAAUGCCAACACCGGUAACGCCAAUACUGGUAAUGCCAACGCCGGUAACGCCAAUACUGGUAAUGCCAAUGCCGGUAAUGCCAACGCCGGUAACGCCAAUACUGGUAACGCCAAUACUGGUAAUGCCAACGCCGGGAACGGUAAUGGUGGGAAUACCAACACUGGUAAAGCUAACACCGGCAACCGUAAUGCUAGUAACCGCAACACUGGUAACGCCAACAACGGCAACGCUAAUAACAACAAUAACAACGCUGCGGACGAUGAUGAGUGCGUCUCGCUUGGUGAAGGCGCCAACGGACUGGAGCAAUUUGCCGACGUGGAGGGUUGUCUUCUUCCUCUCCGCUGUGGCAACGGAGAUGGUGGUAACACGUGUGAGCGGGUGGCUGCCGGUACUGCGCAGAACAAGGCCCGCGCUCGCACAGUAUCGAGUAGCUUUAUGCGUCGCAGGGCGAGUAACUAA